GAUCUCAAAUCCCGCUUCAUACUCCACCGACUUUAACUUAACCACUGGUUCGAAGCUAGUCUCCUAACCUUCCUUUGAAUUCAUCAUCCUAUCACUCUUCUUUCUCUUGAUUCUCAGAUCUCGAAAAGCUAAUUCAUCUACUCUUUUCCACGAAUGCAGCUGCAUUGAUCCGGAUCUAAUCAAUCUCUGCUGCAUCUUCAACUCCACCGACAAAAAAACAAUGGGAGAGGAGAAAUCGAAGUCGAGAGGUUGGUGCGGCUGGUUCAUAGCGCUCAUCGUAUUAGCUGCCGUUAUCCUCGCCGUCGUCUACAUGGUCAAAUCAAAAAUGAAGAAAUCGGAUGACGGCGACGGAGCUGGUCCCGUCCCCGGACCUCCCGGCGCCAUCGAUAAGAAAUACGCCGACGCUCUCAAACUCUCCUUACAGUUCUUCGAUAUCCAGAAAUCUGGUAAAUUGGUGAAUAAUAAGAUAUCUUGGAGAGGAGAUUCAGGUCUGAAAGAUGGAAGCGAAGCGGAUCUUGAUCUUUCCAAAGGAUUGUAUGACGCUGGAGAUCAUAUCAAGUUUGGUUUCCCUAUGGCUUUCACUGCUACUGUCUUGUCUUGGUCCAUUCUUGAGUAUGGUGAUCAGAUGGAUGUAGUGAACCAGUUGGAUCCUGCUAAAGAAUCGCUUAGAUGGACCACUGACUACUUCAUCAAAGCUCAUCCUUCUGAUAAUGUGCUCUACAUUCAGGUGGGAGAUCCAAAGGUAGAUCAUCCAUGCUGGGAGAGACCAGAGACCAUGAAAGGGAAGAGACCACUUAUCAAGAUUGAUGCAGACACUCCAGGGACUGAGGUUGCUGCGGAAACUGCUGCAGCCAUGGCUUCAGCGUCUUUAGUGUUCAAGGACAGCGAUCCUCAGUAUUCAGCCACGCUUCUGAAACAUGCCAAGCAGCUGUUUGAUUUUGCAGACACUAAAAGAGGCUCUUACAGUGUCAACAUACCAGAGGUUCAGGACUAUUACAAUUCGACGGGGUAUGGAGACGAGCUGCUAUGGGCAGCCAGCUGGUUGUACCACGCAACAGAGGACAAAACUUACCUUGACUAUGUCACUAAGCAUGGAAACGAGUUUGCAAGUUUUGGUAACCCAACUUGGUUCAGUUGGGACAACAAGCUUGCUGGAACACAGGUGCUGCUAUCAAGGUUACUGUUCUUUAAGAAAGAUUUGUCAGGGAGCAAGGGACUUGGAAGUUACAGGGAUACAGCUAAAGCUGUCAUGUGUGGUCUUCUACCAAAAUCUCCAACAGCUACUACUAGUAGAUCAAACGGUGGUCUUGUAUUGGUCAGUGAGUGGAACGCGCUGCAACAAUCAGUCUCCGCAGCAUUCUUAGCCUCACUGUUCAGUGAUUACAUGCUCACUUCCCGUCUCCAUAAGAUAUCUUGCAACGGGAAGAUCUUUAAAGCAACAGAGCUCAGAGACUUUGCCAAAUCACAGGCUGAUUACAUUUUGGGGAAGAAUCCUAUGGGGAUGAGCUUCGUGGUUGGUUAUGGAGACAAGUACCCAGAAUAUAUCCAUCAUAGAGGCGCUUCGAUACCUGAAGAUGCAACAACAGGAUGCUUAGAUGGGUUUGAGUAUUUUAACUCGACGAAACCAAACCCAAACAUAGCAUAUGGUGCACUAGUAGGUGGACCUUUCUUAAACGAGACGUUCCGCGACGCACGAGACAAUGUGAGGCAGAACGAGCCAACUACUUAUAACAAUGCCUUACUCGUUGGUCUCAUGUCUAGUCUUGUUACUACCUCUUCUGCUCUACAGUCAUUGAAGUGAGCUCUAUGUAUUAAGAGCCUUGUUAAAAUCACUCAUUUCUUUCGUCUUUUUUUGUCUUCCCUACGAGUGUGUAUGUGUUUAUUCACCAUUGUGUAUUGCUUGAUAUGUUGAUGAGUGUUGUAGUAGAAUUCAAACUUUCAGAAAAGAAAAAAUACAAAACAGAAAGACUAAAUCCA